CACUCAUCUUCCCUUCGAAAGCAAAUGAACCUCAUAUAUCUGUAUUCUGUACUGUACAUGUCAUGUAUAUAUACAGCUGUUUAGAGGGACUUUUUGAAUGAAUUUAACAUGAAACUCAAGUGAAGGGGUCAAACCAGUUACAGUUGGUAAACUUGGAGUGACCAACUUGACGCAAAACCAAAGAUGCUGCAGCAACAUUUUUCAGAUCCCCUGAAGCUUAAAACCAAGAAGAUUAUCUUUGAAGAUGUCUUCAUUGCUCAUGAUUCUGGCACACUUGAACAGCUGAAAGAGUUGAGCUCCAAACGUAGAAUGAUCGAGGAGUCUAUUAAUGAAAGAAGCUCUAUCACAAUGGCUGUUGCAAGGGAAAUGUCUGGAGGCUCAACUUUGCAAUGUGAACAGGACCUCCAGAAAUUAGAGAAGUACUUGCCAUUACUGGAAAACUUUAUCCACCAAGUUAAUAUGGUUAGCGAUAGCUCUAGGAUGCUUCAAUGGACUUCUGAACUUAGGAUAAGUUGGAGCAGUGCUCUUACAUCUUCAUCUUUCUUCAGUUUUUUGGGUCAAAAGUUCUUUCAAAUUGAUAGUCUGUUGUUUGAGCUCAGUAUGAUGCUCUUUCUUAAUGGUGCACUACUACGAGAAUGGGCGUUUGAACUAUUGUCCAAAGAUUUGGUGCAAUCUGCCACUCUAUUUAGGAGAGCUGCUGGAGUUUAUCACUACUUGGCGAAUGAGGUCCUUCCCUCUUUACAGCCUGCACUGCCUCCGGAGAGGCCACCAGAAGUUACAUCAUCUGUGUGUUCUAUUGUGAGCCUUAUUUGUUUGGCCGAGGCUCAGGCUGUGAUCACAAUGAAAUCUGAGGAGAAGGGCAACACACAAAGUCUAUUGGCAAAGUUGCAUUAUGGUGUUGUACAGUUGCUAGAUGAAGCAACUGUCAUAUUACAUUCAGUGACUGAGGAUAGAAAAGAUAUUUCAGCGCGCUUUGUGGAAUUCAUUUCAUUUAGCAAGGUCAUUCAUGAAUUGAGAAGUAACGUGUACCGUGCAGAAAGUUUAAAGGCCGAUGGUCAGAUUGGUGUUGCAAUUGGAGCUCUUCGAAAGGCUCUUUUAACAGCACAGAUCAAUCUUCAAGGAAAUGAGUCCUGGAGGUUGGUUCUUAAUCAGGAGGCUGAUAAGUUGACAAGAAUGUUGGAGAAAUAUGAACACGAGAAUGACUUUGUCUGGCAUGAUAAGAUUCCAGCUCAAUACGAGUCUCCCAUAUCUGAAGGUACAAGAAUUGUUAAGUUUAUACCUUAUCAUCCCCAAAGAUGGGAAAGAGCACUUUCUUUUAUAAUGUAAUGGACAGAUAGCUACAGAGCUUAGAAGUGGACGUAUUUUGACAUCCUUCAAUGUACAAGUAUGAAAGCUCCAGUUUAUAUGUACAGAAAUUAUGGCAUAUGCAAAGUGGAGAAGUACUGGACUGGACAUUUAUAAGAUUAUAGGAUCAUUAAAUAUCGUGUGCUGCUGAGACAACUCUUUUUCUGUAAUUUUAUCUCUAUUGUGAAGCACAGUUAAUUCACGUCUA